AUGGCGACAAGAAAUUUAACAGAAGGUAGAGCACAAACGAAAACGUCUGAAGAAAUAGGAUGCUCUCCCUCUUCGGAAGGUGGAUUACAACAACAAUCAAUAUAUUUCUCAGCAGUCAACAUUCUUCUUUCCAUCACAGCACUUCUUGGGAAUUCUCUCAUCCUUGUUGCCCUUCGAAAGGUAUCUUCCCUUCAUCCGACGUCUAAACUCUUGUAUCGUUGUUUGGCAACAACUGAUCUGUUGGUUGGUCUUGUUAGCCAGCCUCUCUAUGCAACGUAUUGGAUGUCCGUAGUUUACGAACACUGGAACCUCUGUCCAUAUAUAAGGGAUGCUGCUUUCAUAACAAGCUACGGCUUAUGUGGGGUGUCUUUGUCGACUGUAACGGCUAUAAGCGUGGACAGGCUUCUCGUGCUGUUGUUGGGGCUAAAAUACCAACAAACUGUCACUUUGAAGCGCACACGUAUCGUUUUAGCUACCUUUUGGGUUAUAUCUAAUGUUGCUGCUUCAUAUUACAUUUUAGAUGGCCGCAUAACAUUUUGGUAUGGCCGCAUCUUUCUUCCAUCUUACAUUGUAAUCUCAUUCGUGUCGUACACAAAGAUUUUCCGCGCUCUCAGUCAUCGUCAGGUUCAAGUACAAGAUCAUGUUCUACAACAGCCGAGCCAACCAAGCGCACUAAACACAGCGCGAUAUAAAAAGGCAGUGUACAGUGCGUUGUGGGUGCAAUUAGCAUUAGUUGCUUGCUAUGUACCAUAUGGCAUAAUGGAAAUUUUGAUCGGUUAUGCACGGCAUUUAGUCGUUGUAUGGGGAACAGCAACUGUCUUAGUUUAUUUUAACUCGACGCUAAAUCCAUUUCUUUACUGCUGGAUGAUUAAUGAAGUAAGACGAGCAGUGAAGCAGACAAUCAGACAAACACUUUGCUCUCAAUGA